CUGCAUUAAUAGGCUCCCCCUAGCGGUCACUGGUAGCAUGUCACAGCCGGCAGCGCGGUGGAUGGAGUGGAGGACUGGAAAAACUGCGACGACGAGGAUAAUCGCAAUUAUUAUUAAAAUUGUCCCGCUGACGAGUCCUGAUUGAGAUGUGUCCCCGCGCUCGGCCGCCAACCGUCAUCCUGCCAAUUGUGCCGAGAUAGCCAGUCAGCGAGGGCGGCUCGGGAGGAAUGACCUGCGUUAUUCGCCUUGGGUGACACGCUCACAAGUCUGAAAAAUGAUGCACGCCGCCAGAAUGGACUUGGUGCUUCUAGUGUCUUUUCUUGCCUUUCACGCCGCCACCGCCUCAUCGGGGGAUGGAAGCGCCGCCGACAACGGCUCUGUCCCGACCGUGCUCACCGCCGCAAGCCAGCUGAUCGCCCGUGAAGGAAGCUGCAUUCUCAUUGAUUGCAACGUCACCGGCGAGCCGUUCCCCAACGUGAGGUGGUUUAACUCUCACGGCCGUCACGUGGAUGCCGACACAAGUGGCGGGAAGUGGUGGCUACUGGAGAACGGCGUCCUCAACAUCACCAGCAUCGAAUUUGCGGACCGGGGAAAGUACACAUGUGUUGCAUCCAACUUGCACGGCACCUCCAACUGCACGGUGACGCUGCGCGUGGUCUUCACCAACGGCGACAUGGGCGUGUACUACAUGGUGGUGUGCCUGGUGACCUUCACCAUCAUCAUGGCGCUCAACGUGACGCGCCUCUGCAUGAUGAGCAGCCACCUCAAGAAGACGGAGAAAGCCAUCAAUGAGUUUUUCCGCACGGAGGGCGCAGAGAAGCUGCAGAAGGCCUUUGAGAUUGCCAAGCGCAUCCCCAUCAUCACCUCCACCAAAACCUUGGAGCUGGCCAAGGUGACGCAGUUCAAGACCAUGGAGUUUGCGCGCUACAUCGAGGAGCUGGCGCGCAGCAUCCCGCUUCCACCACUCAUCAUGAACUGCCGCACCUUCAUGGAGGAGAUCCUGGAAGUGGUAGGCGUGGAGGAGAUGAGGCACACCUUUCUCAGACAAGCACCAGAGGGACGUCGAGAGACAGUGAAUGGGAUGGCCGCCAUCGGUGCUAGGGAUGUGUUCACCGUCCUGCAGGAGAGGGAGGAGGAACGCGGGCGCCAGCUGGAGCGCAGCGAAUCCCCCGCCGGCGACUCCGACAAUUCGUCUGUUCAGGAGCAGCCGCAGCACAUCGCUAUUCAGGUGUCGGUGCACCCGCAGCUCGCCGCCGCAAGUUGCUGUGCCGUCGACGCCGACUCCACCCCUUCCACGCCGCCGCCAGCUUCUCUACAAGAAGAGGAAAUGGAAACAAGUCAGAGCGAGGAGCCGGCGCCCCCGCCCUGCCAGAUUAUCUACGAGAGUCACGUGUGAGCAGGAAAAGAACAAUCGAAGCUCAACAGGCUGUUACAGCAACCAAUCAAUCAUGCGUCCUGGCACGCUUGAAUGUAUCUUAUCAUCAGCAAAAAAAUGUUUACUUUCCCUGGGAUUUGUCACCCUUUCUGUUUCCCUUCACCUUUAACAAGUCUAGCUUCUGUUUUUCUUCUUCUUUCUUGUUCCAUUCCCAUUCUGUCUGCAUGUGAGCCAUCUUUGCUCUCCUAAUGCCUUUUGUAGUGAGUGACUAAAAGACAAAUAAAACUCAAGUCUUUCAUUUCA